GUCUUCAUCUCGCUCUCAACUCGCGGAUCGUCCAAACGGCGCCCGUUUCGGACUAUGAGUUUGCAAUCGGGUAGUUUACAAUAUUUUCGAUACGUCAGAUACAUCGGUGCUUCGUGGUGAAUUUCUUGAUACUAAUUAAUUAAUCCAGUCUAAAAUUUAACCAGUGACAUACGAUUCGACUUCUGGUACUCAAAACGGAAUAUCGCAAAUCAGCUCAGGGUCCCAAGGAUGAAUCGCCACGCGGCUGCAUCACCGAUCGCCCGGCUCUUGCUGCUCGUCGGUUGUCUCCUCUCGAGGACGGGGUUGUUCUCGACGGCCGAGAAACUCUCGCCGAAUGUUCACGCCCCGCUUUUCGCCCAAGGGGCUGGUGGAUUCAGAUUGGAACCACCGCGUGAAGGUCCCGUAAAAACAUACGCCGAAAUACUGAAGCAAACAAAUCAUCCGAACUUGGGGGACGGCGAGUACUCGUUCAGCUUCGAAACCGCCGACGGAGUCCAGCGCGAGGAGGUCGGAAAGCUGAAAAAAGUCGGUGACGAACUCGUCACCGUAGUUCAGGGCCGCUACUCGUAUUCCAGUCCUGAAGGCCUUGCCAUCGACGUCAGGUACACCGCGGACGAGAACGGAGCGCGAUCGAGUUUCACGUUUGGAACGGACCCGGGGCGAUGGAAACAGUCGUUGGCGCUUCCCGGGUUACCGGGGUCGGAACGAGCGCUUGGGGACAAGGGAAAGUUGGCGGAUAAAGGAUACCUGCCGCCAUCUUCAGCUAAGGUUCAGACCAAGGAUUACUUGCCGCCACCAACUUCGCCUCCGGCGGCUAAAGCUAGUAACGAAUACCUGCCGCCGUCAACCCGGUGAUUUCCUCACAGAAUCACAGUUCGACACUUUAAAGUACAAAGAGGACUAUUAUCGAAGCUACAACGUCGUCUCUACAAUCCUUUUCUAAAGAUAUUUUACCAAGAUUAUGAUUUCCUAUUGGAACGAUUAACUUUCUCUUUCUACUGCAAUGUAUCACUUCUGUAAAUACAUAUUACUCACAAUAUUUAAAAAAAAUAAUAACAUUCUUCAAUACGGCUUAUUGGCAGUGACUGAAACGACAAUUAUCAAUCAUUCAAUUUAUUAAUCAUGCAGUUUCUUACAUAGAUAUAUAUACACAAAUAAUUAGUAAGAUAAAACAUCAGUGGAUAAUCAUACUAUAGACCCAAUAGAAACAUUUCACAUAGUCUUUGUGUUACUGGUGUAAGUUAUCUAUUAGCCACCGAUUUUAUACAUAUUUCUUCGUCACAUUAUGCAAAUUAAUAAUGAGGGUAAUUGUAAGACACUUUUCCACAAAGUGCGUUUGUCUGAA